AUGGUGAAAGCGGUGAUAAAAACCAAAAAGCAUGUGGAGUCGCCAGAAGAAAGACUCAAGGCCAAACAUGACACUGUCUACAUAUGGUUUAUAAACAUGAUCAAGCCCAAUGUUGCAAAACUACGUUACAAGAAUGAUGCUAACGAGACUAUAGUAGACUUGAUGCCCAAAGAAGAAGCUUAUGAUACUAAUCAUGAAAAGCGACCAAAGACUAAUGAGUGUCAACAAGGAGGCAUUCAAGAAAGUGUGAAUGAGCAUAAUGAGCUCGAGGAAGUGGGAACUAGGAGAUGUUCAUCCAGAACAUGUAAGCCCAUUCAGUGGUAUCUCGGCUGA